AUGAAAAUCCAAUUCAAUCAGCUGCUAGGGCUCGCUCCUUGGGGGUUACUCUGCCUCUGGACACAGGUUGUCGAGGCAUGCCCAACCUCUCCCGGUUCGCUUUCGAUACCUAAUCUUAAAGCUGGAUUUCCACUCCAAAGCCAUCCCUCUCGUUCUCUUAACUCACGCGCCGCCGGAAAUGGUGCCUGCAAACUCAAGCCGACUUCAGUGGAUCUCAGCGAGGGUAUCGGUGCUACAGACCAGACUUUUGCCCCAAGCACUGGCACCCUCAACGCCUAUAUGAUUUUCGUUGACUUCCCUGAUGCACCGGCCUCAGAGGCCACCGAGGAAUUACACCAGCUCUUCAUCCCCGGUGCACCAGACUGGUACACCAGUUCCUCCUUUGGCCAACUUAGUCUCAACGUCAACGCCGACACAUCCCGCUUCUAUCGCAUGCCCAGAGAAUCCACCGCCUACCCCUACGACCGGGGGAUUACCUCAGAGCAGCUAGCAGAGUACAUCCAAGACGCGCUGAACUCCGUCGGCACGGCCAUCAACUUCGCCGGCACCGAUGUUCUCUAUAUCGUUCCGACCAAGGCAGCAAGUCACAUCUCGUUCUCGCCUACCUACAUGAGCCCAAUUACGGCAGGGGAUGGAACUAUUAUCGGUAAGACUGUCACCUUCGGCCAAGACGCUCCUAACUCAUGGGGCUUCCUGGUGGUGAACCACGAGACUGGACACGCAAUGGGUUUACCGGAUCUGUAUCCGAGCUCGGGUACUGGCGACAGCACCACCAUGUACGUUGGCGGGCAUGACGUUAUGGGCUUGAUUACCGGCGCCCUUCCGGAUUACUUUGCGUGGCACAAGUGGAAACUGGGAUGGUUUUCCGAUGACCAGUUCGAUUGCGUGGAUGGUGCUGGAUCGACAACUCACACCAUUACCCCUGUCGGAACGAAGGAGGGCGUCAAGGGAGUCGUUGUGAAGCGGGAUGAGACUACUGCUAUUGUCGCUGAGGUGAGAACCCAGAAUGGCGCGGAUAGCAGUGCUUGCAGUACGGGAGUCCUUGUCUAUACGGUAUCAACAUCCACGGCUUCGGGCCAAGGCCCUAUUCGCGUCCAUGAUGCGACCCCAAGUUCUGGGGGGUGUGGUGGGGACGAACUCAAUGAUGCCCAUUUCACAUUCGAGGCUGGCCGGGAAACUUUUGUUUCGGAAGAUGGAGUCACAAUUACGGUGGUUGGACAGCAGGGAGAUGAAUAUACCGUUACAGUCGAGGUGGCGUGA